AUGAACGUGUUGCACUCGAUCAUAAAGCCAGACCUCUGGAUUCUUACUGAGAGUAGUGUCGAUCGCCCGGUUCAGCAGGCACAUACUAGUAUCUGUGAUGAUAACAUUAGGUUUUUUGAUCAGUUCCGUAUCAACAGCUUCAUCGACAACCACUGCACUGGAACUAGCGAGAAGCGAUACUCGGUGGCCAUCACUAACGUGGGUAGACGCAACCCAAAUGUCGACUUGAAUGCCGUUGUAGGCGAAGGAUCAUGA